AGUCAGAUGACAGAAGACGUGGGAGCAGUGGAGGCGUUAUGGGAUUUGGUCGGAUUUUAAACUAAACUGGGAAAAAGUUUUCAUGCGAACCCUCUCAUUGUUCGAUAGGUAACGAAAGGGUGGAGUAUGGAGAAUGAUGAAUUUCCGCCAGCGGAUGGGGUGGAUCGGCGUGUGGUUGUACCUUCUGGCUAGCUUGAGUGGCCUCUACUACAUCUUUGAGGUCAACCAGACAUACAAUCGACUUACGCUACAGCAUGUUGAUCCGGCAGCGCGAGGGACCCCUCCAGUCAGUGAUUCUGGCACCUCACCCUCCUCAUCAUGGAUGACUAGUUUGAAGAUGUACCUCAUCUCCCUACCUUUCUGGCUUUGGGCCACCCUCUUCCUCAUCCCUUACCUCCAGGUGUUCCUUUUCAUCUACUCCUGCACCCGCGCAGACCCAAGAACCGUGGGGUAUUGCAUCCUGCCUUUUUGUCUUGCAGUUGUCUGUAAUCGCCACAAAUCAUUUGCCAAGGCAUCCAACCAGAUUAGCCAUUUACAGCUCAUUGAAACAUAAGAAGCAUAAUCCGGGGGUGACUGCAUGCGUACAGCAUCAAACACACAAGUGAAGCGGAAAUGUGGAAUCUCAGUCCUAUUGCUUUAAUUGAGCGGCUCAAUUUUUGGAUUACUGGGUACAUAUUGACCUACACUCCAUGUAUUACAAUCCCAUAGCAUGUCAGGAAGAGUAUCCCUUUUGCUGAAAGCUGAAGUCUUUCCUGAUGUGACUGUAUAUAGUAUUCAGAAAAUAUUACUGCAGUAGAAAUGUGUCAAUUCAGUGGUACAUUAGGAACAGUGACAGUGUAUCUUAAAUAACAGUUUAUAUCAGGUACUGUGCAAAGUUGCUGGUGACUUUACCUCUUUGCUAUGUUUUAGAAUGAAUGUACACAAUUUUUUAAAAAUUUGUUUCCUUAAAAAUGUUGUGUGAAAAUUAACAUAUUCUAUGAUUGGAGGGUAUUCAUUUGCUUUAAAUAUUUAAUAUAUGUGUAUUGCUGAUGCCUAUUAUGUCUCCAAACUUAAAAAAAAAUUAUUACAAGGUUGGGUGUAAAACUAGAAGUGGUCAGUGUUUUGGCUUGGGUCAGAAUUUGUAAAUCUGAUACAUAUACAUGAUAUCUUGCGUGCUUUGGCUUGUUUUCUAAAAAGAAAGGAAUUGGGACCAAGAUCCAGAAUCUUUUUUGUAAACUCCGUUUCUUAUCACUUGGGAUCUGAAUAAUAUCAUUAAGGGCAAAGAAAAUCAGUAUUUAUGUAUUUAAAUUGUGGUGACUUAUUUCUACAUUGGUCAUCAUAGGUGUUAUGUAUUCUUUUGGUUAAAGAUUGGCCUGUGACUGCAGAGGAGGGCAGUACUGGAUCUGCUGUGAGCUGAGCACAUUAGUCAGCUGUGCAAAUGGAAAAACUGCCUCUUACGUUUGACUAGAUUUUAGCAUGUAAGGGGUGUUAAUCAUUGAUUCAUGAAAGAUUUUGAUUUUUUUUA